GUUGAAUAGCCGAGCGGUGCGUGCGCAGCACUCAGUCGGUAUACCAUGUCCUUGGCAGAAGGGGCUUCUGAUACCGACCAGAGACAAGACAGAGAAGAGCGCCAAGACGACAGGCCCGCCAACAAGAAGAACGAUAAGGCUAGGGGGCAGAUGUCAGACUCUUACAUGUGGAAGGAACAGAUCCACACACUGAUGAAGGGCGGAGAGAGCGAGUCCGAUAUCUCGGAUUCGGAGCAUUUCCUCACGAAAGGUGCUUUCCUGCUCACUCCUUCCCACGGGCUCAGUAUGGAGAAAGCCUCUGCUAUCUGCGAAAAGAUGGAGUUUAAGGGCUGCUUCUCCCUCACCAAGACUGCAACUGGGAUCCUGUUCAAGUUCUCGAGCGUCGAUGACUACCAGAUGGUGUUCAAGAAAGGAUUCCACAAGGUCACCGGAUCUAGGUUCUAUAGGAAGAUAGCGAUCCCAUGCCGUCCACAGAAGACGUUCACGGUGUAUGUGUACGACGUGCCCGACGAGGUCCCGGAGGAAGACGUGAGGCACGCCCUGUACAAGUUCACCUCCGUCGUGGAGGUGCUGCGGCUGCACUAUACCAGCUCGCCGAGGGAGAGCAAUACUGGCACUUCCACCCCGAAGCCCCUGGACAAGACUCCGCCUCGGGCGCUCACCACCAUCGACGGCGAGCUGGUCAGCAGCAUGAUCCCGAAGGAGGCCACCAGCGUGGUUCGAGUGACCCUCGCCAGCAUCGAGGAGGCCAACAUCCUUCUGCAGAACGGGCUCGACUUCUACGGCGCGACGUACUUUCCGACGGAGCUGGCGACUCCGGCUCAAGCUGCAAAGCUCAUCAAGCCGAGUAGGGUCACGGGCGGCACAGUAUCAGCUCGAGUCCGCGACCUUCUUCCAGUCUUCGACCAGCAAGGUUUCGCCAAGUUCGCCCCGCCAGCCUCGCGGCUCGUCAAACCCAGGUCCAAGUGAUCGCACGACUCGCCUCUACGCUGGUAGAAACAGACCGACGUCCGCAAACUUGAAAACCAACCGUUUCUAAUCACAAACCUAAUUACAAGCAC